AUGAGAAUACAUCCUGACGAUGGGUGUAAGACAGCAUUUUGGACACCACUAGGCCAAAUGGAAUGGCUCGGCGUACCUUUCGGUUUGUUGAAUGGUACACCCGCCUUAACAAGAUGGCUGUAUUUGAAUGUUAUCGACUUGGAUGGUGUAGCAGUCUACGUUGACGAUAUCGUCAUUCAUGCAGACGAUGCAGACGAUGGAACUACUCUACUGAAAUACUUUGAAGCCAUGAUAAAAGACUCCAUGAAAUAG